AUAGGUUUAAAUUCUUCCGCUUGCAAACCCUAAAACCCCUUUCGUUCCGCCAGAGAGAAUUCGUUCGGCAGUCGAAGAUGGUGCAACGUCUCACCUACCGCAAACGCCAUAGCUAUGCUACCAAAUCCAAUCAGCACAGGGUCGUGAAAACCCCUGGUGGAAAGUUGGUUUACCAGACUACAAAGAAGAGAGCCAGUGGCCCUAAGUGCCCUGUAACUGGCAAGAGAAUCCAAGGGAUUCCUCAUUUGAGGCCUACCGAAUACAAAAGGUCUAGGCUAUCAAGGAACAGGAGAACAGUAAACCGUGCCUAUGGCGGUGUGCUAUCUGCUGGUGCAGUGCGUGAGAGGAUCAUUCGAGCUUUCUUAGUUGAAGAGCAGAAGAUUGUGAAGAAGGUUUUGAAGAUUCAAAAGACCAAAGAAAAGCAAGCUGGAAAGAGCUGAAUCAGGUUCGGAAACAAAGAUAUUUUGAGUAUUAGUGUGCUUUAAAGAAAUUUUGAUAUGACACAUUGGUUAUAAGAUGUGAACAAAGAUUCUUGUUGAAGGUAUUGAAUGAAUUUGAAUUUGAAUUUGAA